AUGGAAAAUCUGCAAGGGAGUCGUCUUGCAGAUGGCACUGACCACUUUACGACUUUAUCGGUAGACGAUGCUGCAAAUAAUAUGUCGUUUAAUGUUCUCAAUGAGCUUGCAGAGCGGAGCGGGGAGGAAAACUUCGAAGAUGACAUCAUUGUGUCAGCCGAAUUAGUCGGUACACUCAAACACAUCAUGCGACGUCUCACGAAGGCCCAGAAGCAGAUUAAAAUGCUAAAAGAAAGACUUAGGGCUCAGGCAAGGAAUACUUCCCCCGAGUCACAGGGAGAAACAAUAGACACCGAAAGCGGUGACAAACAAACACUGACCCUGCUACAAGAGUACAUAAAUCUUGAACUUUUUCUGUGGGGUCAAUUAGCGAAAAUUCUUCAUGAUGAGUAUAAACGUUGUACUGACGUUUAUGCUAGCACGAUGAGUCUACAGGAUCGCGCGCCUUUUGAGUCUCUUAUCAAAACGGUUUGCAAUAAUGCACCCUUUUGUGAAUACAUGGGAGAAAUGAUUAAUUUUAAUGUGGAACGGGAUGAUUUGUUGUCGAGAUCUGAGGGAAGAUCAAUUCAGAGUGAGCCAAUCCUUUAUAAAAGUGUGGUGAGGACACAAAGUAUCGCCACUUAUACGGCGUUUUUGCUGGUGGAGGGAUCACGGGGAAAUUUUUUUGACUCUACACCUAUACAAGAUCUCUGUAAAGUUAUCAUAGGAGAGAAGAAGAGACAAAAACGGCUUAUUGCCCUCUCUCUGGUGUUUAGCAGGCUUGAAGAGGAUGACCAAGCGGUAGGUGAGGCACUUAGUCAACAGUUGCCGCGGGUUUUGCUUCAGAGAUUGCGACAUCUGGUUCACCGGAUAUUUGGUUAUCCUGAAAACAAUGGGAUAUCUCCCUCACAAAGAUGGAGUCGAUCCCCCUUCAGACACUACUCUGCCGUUAUCAGGAGUGAGCUGAAUUCUCCCACGCUCUCACGUAAGACGUCACCCGAAGUUGCUGCUGGGAGCUCCGUAGGGGUGCCAUGCGUGAAGGAAGCGCAACAAGUGUUGCCCCAAUCAAAGCAGAUGUCCCUUUCUUCACAUUCGCAGUUUGCGGGAUCUGAGCAAGCCUCUUCAUCUCCAAUGUUUGAUAGGUCAACCAUACCUAUAAAAGAGGUGGAACAUGAAUCUGCCCUGGCAGAAUUUAAUCAAGGGGGAGGAGAUGAUCUGAUAUCUAGGCCCCACAAAAAGAGGAAGUUCGAAACAGGAGAGGAAUCACCCCGUUUUCGGAAGUUACCAGAUUUUUGGCAGCCACGAAGGGGUGACAGGGUAGGUCGCGGUCCUAUGUGGUGCUUCAAUGACCAAGGGAAAAAAUGCGAUUUUGGUGAGGUUGUGGAGGUAACUACGGCAGAGGAAGUGGUUGUUCGUUGGAUAAGGAGUGUCGACUGUCCCCCUCACGAGAGUGAGGGGGACCGAUUCUUCCGCUACAAGUACAAGGGUCCAAACGAUCAAGUUGUUCCGUGGGAUCAUUUUUUGAAUAUUCAGACCCUGAUGCCAGAAAACAUUGACUUCAAGAUGGAAGAGUUUAUGUUGUGUUGCGCCGUCGUGGGAGCACUUUGUCACCAACGAGAGACAGUUCUACCUGCUCUCCAGUUCCAAACAGUGGAAUCCAUGUUCUACGUAUUGAGUCGAGUCGAUUUGGAUGCAGCUACUGCAGCUGUGGAAACGGAGGAGAAAAAAACAUUGGGGUUCGUCUUAUCAGAGGACAAUGUGGAAAUGAACGCGGACGAACGCGAAUUACUUGAAGUUCGUUUGAACUGGAGUGCUGAACUACAAACAACUAAGAGCCAUUACCGAAAAAUGCGGGAGUUGGUGGGUAGGGUUGGUUGGGUUCUAAACUCUUUGUUUACCCACAAGAAACUCGCUUUGAUUUUCCUAGAACUGGGAGGUUUGAAGCAGAUCAUAAAGUUAACUGAUGGCCGUUUAGAUCCAGUGACAAUGUAUGGGUGCUGCAUCGUGCUGUCUCAAUUAGCUAGAGCUGCGGUGUUUGAGAACCUGCUUCGAAACCAUGGUGAAUACUUCGAGCCGAUAUUGAACUUCAUUCUGCAUCAGUGGAAAGUUGCCUCGAGUCACGACGUACAAGGCAGCGCGGGAGGCUUCCUUUUCCUUGCUUUGAGUUUCCCUUAUGUUGUUACCUUUUUUGACGCGCAUCAAGGGCCCCAAGCAACACUUGGCUUAAUAGAGCGGCUGUUACAGAGUUCGGAAGAACAGUUUGAUGUUAUUUGUCCAGGAGUAACAUUGGCGGCGUUAAAGUGCGCCUACGUUUACUUGAUUUCUCAUCUGAUGUUGGCCACGAGGGUCAUAUUCCGGAAGCACAGAUUUUUAUCGGUUUUAGUGACCGAUUCUGCACCAGAGAGGUCACUGCCCCGAGACCCUGCCACCGUGGAAUCGGUUCUCGGUUAUUUGUCGGCCCCUUCUGCCACUAUUCCGGAUAUAUCUACCGAAACAAUCCAAAGCCUGCUUACUCGAGAUAGGCUUGCUGCAUUUCGUUUCUUCGCGGAUAAUAAUUUUCACCAGAUACUGCUACGUUGUGCGCAGUUCUACUUCACACAGGGUCGAUGGGACUUACUUGCCGCAUCGCUAAAUGUGCUUUGUGUUUUGGUAGUUGUACCCUUCUUCCGACCCUUGGUUGCCGAUGCUCAGUACCCUGAAUCGGGGGUUGCGCACUUGAUUAUGAUAGUGAGUGAAUUAACAUCGGCGUUCCAAAACGGAAACGCCUCUAGGGAGUCCCAUCUCAUUCCGUGUGUUGCUACUUCGUUGCAGAUACUGUUGAAUUUAACGAGAUUACCCGCUGACAAAAACGACGAUGUUUGUGUGGCCACCUUUAACCGCGUUUGUGGUAUGAUCCGAGCAAACGACGGCGUUCGUACGCUGUUGGAGGUUUUGAAAGUUCGGAAGGAUCCGGCAAUGUCGGUUAAGCUGCAGUUGUUUCCCGUGGUCGCACGGGCACUGCAACUGAUGGUUACCCUUCGACGGUAUGCUGAUACACGUCUUCUCUUUGAUGCUCUAGGGGUUGGCUCAGUGGCGCGGGAGCUUAUGACCCAAUAUGGAGAUAUUCAAAAGGAGUACUUAACCAUGAUGGGGCCGCGCUAUGUGGCGAGCGAGGUGCACGCAACAGGUCGGUUUAUGGAGAACAUCAAGUGCUUUCUCUUCGAUGAGACGAAUAGGACCACUCCGUCCGUUUCUGUGGACCCCGUCGAGUUGGAGCAACGCCAGGCUGUCAUCGCUCGAUCUCACAUAAGUUAUUCGCGUGAAUCACUGUUGGAGCUGAUUUGCCGCCACUUAGAGACGGAGGGGUUGCUGAAUGCGGCUUCAGCCCUUCGGCGUGACGCUCCUCUUUCGUGUGACAUCGCAAUGGCACAACAUUCGGCGAAUGCCUCGCCCGAUAUGGCACUGUCCCCCAUCGGGGCACCCACCCUUGAUGGCAUUGUGCGCUCUUACCUGAGACAACAGCAUGAGAAGUGCACCAAUCCCAUUACAACCUUGCCUCAAUUUGAUUUGCGGAAGGGCCAUGUUUACUACCCACUGGAUGCCCCUGUUGAUCAAACGCGAAACGCGUUUAACAGGCGCUUGGUGCAAAAGAUGGGAUUAGAUUUCUCACUACGCACAAGGACGAACGAAAACCACUUUACGUACCGUAACCCGGGUUAUUUAUUCGACAUAACGGGGAGUGGAGAUGAACUUCAGGGCGAUAGUGUGGCCUUUUGCGAUGGUGGGGAGACACUAGUUGUGGGAACCUCUGAAGGCGGGAUUGCUCUGUUUGACACGUUCCCAGAUGAUUCCACGGACGACAAGUUGUCAGAACAGCACUUGGCCUUCGAUAACGGUAGUGUCGUUGGAAUUUACGUGUCUGACGAUAGUGCCUUACUGGGGUUGGUAAACGCGGAGCACAAGGUAGCUGUGAUGGGUCGUAAUGAGCUUCCUGCGGUGAAGUACCAGGUUGAGGAUAGCCGUGCGGCCAUGUUCUCUUGUUGUAACACAUAUUUGUUAGCAACGUGUGACGAGGAGCACACCUGCCGUCUUUACGACCUCAGGGCGCAAUGUGAGGUGCGUCAUUUUAGCGAUCCGUCGUGGGUUGGGGAAAACGUUGACAACGUAGCCACCUUUGACCAGUUCUCUCAGCUUGUUCUCAGUGACGCUGUUCUGUGGGAUGUUCGGUGCGGUGACAGACCCAUCUGUCGUUUUGACCGUUUUACCAACUCCUUUUGCAAUAUUUUUCAUCCGUUCAACCCCCUUGUGAUGAUUGAUGAAAAGGUAUGGGAUUUGCGGACCCUGUCCAUACUGCAGACCGUACCUUCCUUCAGGAACAGCAGCAGUUUCUACACCAGCCCUUUUAGACGUGUGAUUUAUAGCUUUCGCGAAGCAUCUGCGUUGUCUCACACGGCUACACCAGUUCUUUCAGUGGUUGAUAGUUACACAUUUGAGACCGUGUUUUCAACAGAAGUGCGCCCAGCCUUCAGAGCCUUUGCCAUUGAACCAUCGGACCGUUACUGUGCUGCGAUUCUCGAUGGUGACGCAGCAGCCGUAGUGCGUGUGUUCUCAACAUCCUCCGGCCCGCUACCUGGUCAACAAGCGUUCUCGCUCCCACAAAACGAUCGGAGUAAUGAUAGUGGGGCAGGUCUUGCGGAGAGCGAUGACGAUGACGAGGUAGGAAACAACGGUUCUUGGUCUGGAGGUUAUGACGAAGAUGACGAUGAUGGUGAAGAUGACAGCGAUUCUUAUGAAUGGGCAAGCGCUUCCGACUCCCCGGAGUAUUACAGCAACACAGAAACAACGAGUGACUCGGAUUCUGCCGAGGUGGAUGGCGGUGGCGACGGAAGUGAUACGUGGACGAUGGGGGAGGAAGAGACGACUGAGUCCCAGGACGAAGCUGCAUCGCGGAACGGGGAGAAUAGUGAUGAUGAGGCGUCGUUGGAAUCGACGUGA